GUGGUGUUCUUCAUGUACCUGUGGAGCAUCGAGAUGGACGCCGUGCUCACCUCCAUGUCGUGUUUCCGCCUGCUGUGCGAGGAGGCCGACAUCCGCUGCGGGGCCGACGAGAUGGCCGUCACGCAGCUCCUGCCCAACUACCCCGUGUACGCGGAACUGGCCGCGGCUAGCACCGUGCUCACCACAGGUCGUGCUGCUCUACAGAAAAGAAUCAUGGCCCUGUUGAGGAAAAUUGACCAGUCCACUCAGGGAAACUCACAG